AUGGACAAACUUUCCGAUCUCGCCAACAAGGUCGGAGGCAACAAGGGCCAAGAAUACAUUGACAAGGGUAUCCACGCUGUGGAGGAUAAGAUCGGCGGUGGCAAGGGUGAUACCCAGAAGAAGGCCACCGAUGCUGGCCGUGAGCAAUUGGAGCAGACUGGAAAGGGUCUCCCUGACAAGUUCUCACGCUAG